AUGCUGGCAUUUGACAGCCCUAUGCUGAAAGUGCGCGUUGGGUCAGGCCUCAACGCGGCAUCAUUCUUCGUGCAUUCGACACUCCUCACAUCCAGAUCCGACUUCUUCAAGCAUGCCACUAGUCAGGACUCGAAAGAAAACGAAGAAACUACAGUUGCACUACCAGAAGAAAAUCCCGACACGUUUCGUCGAUACCUCAACCUGGUAUACGCACGCCAGCUGAUAGUCACCAAAGGGAUUAUGCAAUGGCUGAAACUAUGCCGUCUCUACGUACUAGCGGAGAAACUACAAGACAUCACAUCCAAGAACCAGAUCAUCGACGGGAUGUGCGGCUUCUUCAACGCUAUUACCUGCCGACCCGCCGUGGAAGGAAGGAUCCAUUGUGGGCUUCCGGCUGAAGCAACAGCGGAGCUGUAUGACGGUACCACACAUGGAAGCGGGGCCCGAAGACUCCUUGUGGACCUAUACACAGACUUCGGCUCGGAAAUCUGGCUUCAAAGCUAUUCAUCAACCGCUUUGCCCGAGGAGUUCAUCCAUGAAAUCGCUAUUCGCUUGAUUGAAAAGCGCGGUCCUGUGUUCUCUGAUUUCCGAAAUAGCUGUCCAUCGUACAAAUAUCAUGACGUCCGCGCAUCUCCCCCGGAAGUGACCCCAACUGGAAUAGGAGAAGUUGAGCCAGUCUUGGCAGACGAGCGGAGCGAUGCGACGCAAGCCCUUACAGUGACGAAGAAGGAGCCUGGUGGAGAAGUGCGAGAGCCCAAAGAUAUCAAGGAAGAAAUGAAGCGUGGAAGCUCUGAUGUUGCAGCUGAUCAAGUUGCAACAAAACCCUCCUGCCAGAAUAUUGCGGCCUCUACGGCUAAGCCCGUGUUUGGAGGCCCACUAAAAGUGAGAUGA